CUUCCAUGUCAAACUGACAGAUGGGUGUGGCAUGCAUCACAGCAGUUCGUGGCAGCUCUUGGCUUCACCAACCUGGCAGAACCUUCUCACCAGGACCACGUUGAGGGCCGCUGUGAGACGCUACGAAAGCAAAGCUCAGUCUGAAAAAGUCCUCCUGUUUGCGGUUACUCUUCUAAAACCAUGCGUGAAUGCAUCUCUGUCCAUGUGGGCCAGGCAGGUGUGCAGAUGGGGAACACCUGCUGGGAGCUCUACUGUCUGGAGCAUGGUAUCCAGCCAGACGGCCAGAAGGCAAGCAGUUCCCCCACACGUCCUGAUGACUCCUUCACCACUUUCUUUAGUGAGACAGGUGCUGGGAAAUAUGUCCCAAGGGCAAUUUUUGUUGAUCUGGAGCCCACUGUCAUUGAUGAAGUGAGAACAGGAAAAUACCGUCAACUCUUCCAUCCUGAAAAGCUGAUCUCUGGAAAGGAGGAUGCUGCGAACAACUAUGCCCGAGGUCACUACACUAUUGGCAGAGAGAUUAUUGAUUCUGUCAUGGACAGGAUCCACAAACUGGCUGAUCAGUGCAGUGGUCUCCAGGGAUUCUUGGUAUUCCACUCCUUUGGUGGUGGAACAGGUUCUGGUUUUACCUCUCUGCUCAUGGAAAGACUCUCUGUUGACUUCGGCAAGAAGUCAAAGCUUGAGUUUGCCAUCUAUCCGGCACCCCAGGUUUCUACAGCAGUAGUAGAGCCUUACAACUCCAUCCUGUCUACCCACACCACACUGGAGCACUCCGACUGUGCCUUCAUGGUGGACAAUGAGGCCGUCUAUGAUAUCUGCUGCAAGAACUUGGAUAUUGAACAUCCAACCUAUACCAAUCUGAACCGCCUUAUCAGCCAGAUUGUGUCCUCAAUCACAGCAUCUCUCCGCUUUGAUGGAUCCCUGAAUGUUGACCUGACAGAGUUCCAGACCAACUUGGUCCCUUAUCCUCGUAUCCACUUCCCUCUGGCCACCUAUGCUCCAGUUAUAUCUUCUGAGAAAGCGUACCAUGAGCAGCUGUCUGUGGCUGAGAUCACAAAUGCCUGUUUUGAACCAGAUAAUCAGAUGGUGAAGUGUGACCCACGUCAUGGCAAAUAUAUGUCUUGCUGUCUCUUAUACCGUGGCGAUGUUGUACCCAAAGAUGUCAACUCGGCCAUUGCCGCCAUCAAGACCAAACGUACCAUCCAGUUUGUGGACUGGUGCCCCACAGGUUUCAAGGUGGGGAUCAACUACCAGCCUCCAACUGUGGUUCCUGGAGGAGACCUUGCUAAGGUGCAAAGAGCUGUGUGCAUGCUGAGCAACACCACCGCCAUCGCUGAGGCCUGGGCCAGGCUCGACCACAAGUUUGAUCUCAUGUAUGCCAAGAGAGCCUUUGUCCACUGGUAUGUUGGAGAGGGAAUGGAGGAGGGAGAGUUCUCAGAGGCCAGAGAAGAUAUGGCUGCUUUGGAGAAGGAUUAUGAAGAGCUGGGCAUCGACUCAUUUGAAGAAGAGGAGGAAGACGAUGAAUAUUAAAUAAAAAGCAAGAUAUUCUUAUGUAUUAAAGAACGGAACCCACUUCUUGCGUAUUUUCAGAUAAUUAAUCUUACUUUUGACUUUGUUGUUGCUCAAUAAAUGCUCAUGCUAAAG